AUGUGUGUUGUAUCCGACAGAAACGAGAGUAUUAUAAAAGCAGUUUCGAGGAUAUACAAUAUACCACAUUAUGCGUGCACGUUUCAUCUUUGGAAGAAUGUGAAGACACUUUACAAAAAGUCACAUGACAGUCUUUCAGAAGCGUUUUAUGCAAUGGCAAAGGCAUACAAACUCUCUGAAUUUAAUGAACUUAUGAAAAAAGUAGAACAUGUUGAUAUUAGGGUGAAGAAUUAUUUGGAAUUGGCUGAUUAUGACAAAUGGGCAAGAGUAUAUGCAUCAGUUGAUCGAGGCACUGUGAUGACAUCAAACAUAGCUGAAUGCAUAAAUGCAUGCCUUGUGGAAGCAAGAGAAUUACCUAUAUAUGAUUUUCUUGAGGAAAUUAGACAAAUGUUUGGUCGAUGGAAUUUCAAAAACCAUACAUCUGCUUCUAAUACAUUCACAACACUUUGUGGUAAAGCAAAAGAAAUGCUCGCUGAAAAUGAAGAACUUUCACUGCGUAUGACGGUAGUUGCGACAAGUAAUUAUGUGCACAGUGUUCGUCAUGAGGGGAAAACAUUUAUUGUUUGUCUUGAAAAGAAAACUUGCACAUGUAGGAGAUUUCAAGUGGAUGAAAUACCAUGUUCGCACGCCUGGGCUGUUUUGAAGAAGAAAUUUCUUGAUCCUGAACCGUAUUGUUCAGACCUUUACAAGCCAAAUACAUUACUUGUUACAUAUGCUAAUUCAAUAAAUCCAUUACCUGAUCGAAAAGAUUGGAAUGUGCCUACAUGUGUAGAGCAUGAAAUAGUUAAGCCUCCAAAGUUCAAAAAAUUACCUGGUAGGCCUCCAAAAAAGCUUCGUGAUAAAACAUACAGUGAGCUAUAUAGAAAGAAGAACAAGAAUUCUUGUAGUACUUGUGGUCAAAAGGGACAUAAUAGGCGAUCAUGCAGGAAUGGACCACGAACUGAAUAG